AUGGCAGGAGCUGGAACUGACAAAUCUGCUUCUGCAACUUCGGGUCCUUCGUCAUCCAAUAACAGCAACAAGGCCACGAUGCUCAAACGCUUCAUAGGGGUUCGCCAGAGGCCGUCGGGACGAUGGGUCGCCGAGAUCAAGGACUCUUCUCAGCACGUUCGGCUCUGGCUGGGGACCUACGACACCCCAGAGGAGGCGGCCCAAGCCUAUGACGAGGCGGCCCGGGCCCUUCGUGGCGACAACGCCAGAACCAACUUCGUCUCAGCCGCCUCAAACGAGGACCUAUCGAAGCAAAGUGGACUGAGUUUUGCUUCUUUGAAAGCCAAACUGAGCAAGAAUCUUCAGAGCAUAAUGGCCAGGGCGAGCGAUGGCGGCGCAGCAGUAUUCGGCCAAAUCCCUUGUGAUAUGGUGGAGAAAGUGGUGCAACCUAGCAUAAUAGUGCCGCCCGUGGGGAAUCAACCUGGUGCAUUUAGUUCCUGGGAGAGCUCGACCUUAUCGGAUUGCAGCCCCGAGUGGGUUGGGUUCCGGCACUCGGAAGGUUCAGAUGCCGACGGCGAGCAAUUAGGGCGUAAUCUGGAGCAGCUGUUGGGGUGGGUGGAUAGUCCGGAUCAUGGUAACCAUAAUAUGUAUGGGAGCAGUUUAAUUAAUGGAAGCGAUGAACAGGAUGAAGGAUCGAGGAGCAAGAGGUUUAAGGUGUCUUCUUCGGUUCUCGUGCCUCCAACUUUCAGCGGGCCUCCAGAUAACAGUGCUUUUGGAUCUCCAUAUAAUAAUAAUAAUAUUGGCGGCAAGUGA